AUGUACCUGGUCACUGUGUAUGGAAACAUGCUCACCAUCUUGGCGAUCAGUACAGACUCUCACCUUCACACACCCAUGUACUUCUUCCUCUCCAAACUCUCCUUUGUGGACAUCUGUUUCACUUCCACCACCAUCCCCAAGAUGCUGUGGAUCAUCCAGACACAGAACAAAGCUGUAACUUAUGAAGGCUGCAUCAUCCAGAUUUAUUUUAUUAUACUCUUUGCAGUGUUGGAUGUCUUUCUCCUGACCAUAAUGGCCUAUGACCGGUAUGUGGCCAUCUGCCACCCCCUGCACUACAUGGUCAUCAUGAACCCCCAGCUCUGUGGACUGCUGGUCCUGGUGUCCUGGCUCUCUGUUGUGUCCCUAUUUUAUUGUACGAUGCUAGGGGUGUACCUUAGCUCUGCUGCUACCCAGAGCUCACAUUCAAGUGCAGCAUCCUCAGUGAUGUACACUCUGGUUACGCCCAUGUUGAACCCCUUCAUCUACACUCUGAGGAACAAAGACAUAAAAAUGGCUCUGAGAAGAUUAAUUGGGAUGUCUUUUAUGUAA